ACAACUCGCGGCUGGUCUGCUAUCCGAGAGGCGCUUGUCUACCGGUCGUCGUCCUAUAAAAAUAAUAAAUAUUAAAUAUAAAAUCAACUAAAACACUAAGAUUUCACGAUCUACCGUACGAUACAGUCGACAAAAAUAAAAUAUGUCCGCGCUACAAACGGCGCUUCGACGAACGACGGCCGUGAUGAUGCCUAGUGGUUUCCAUCAUCCCGUCCGGGUUUGGUGUUCGACCAAAGCUGUCCCUACGGACGGAAAGUUCAGGGUCUUGGACUUGAAGAAAAAAGCAUUUGUGCCACACGCUAAAAAGAAGUACAAUAAGACCAUCACUUUACCGCCCAGAGCUUUGAGUAUGCCUGUCGAUCAAGAGUGGUCUAAUGUAUGGCCUGGUCCUAGAACAUUUCAUCCAGCUAGUGUGCCAUUGGCAGUACGACAAGGAUAUGAUCAGAAAAGAGCAUCACCAGGAAAAUAUGGCAAUGCUGAGCUAAUGAAAAUUCCAAAUUUCUUGCAUCUUACACCACCGGCAAUAAAAAAACAUUGCAGUGCUUUAAAACAGUUUUGUACCGAAUGGCCCAAGGGUUUAGAAACUGAUGAAGAUUGUGAUAAACAUUUUCCAAUGACAACAAUAACAACAGAUUACUGUCAUUCAUCACCGACGAUUAAAGAUCCAAAAGCUAGAAUAGUUACAAUCAAAAUCAAACUAAGCACGUUAAAUUUAGAUAAACAUGCCAGAGACAAAAUGAUCAGAUUGGUUGGAGACAGAUAUGAUGAAGAGUCUGAUAUACUCACUAUUGUUACUGAUCGUUGUCCGACAAGGAAACAAAACUAUGAUUAUGGAGUUUACGUGCUCACAGCAUUGUAUCACGAAUCUAAUACCUUCGAGGAAUGGGAACGACUAAAACAAGAAGCAGAUAUGGAACAUUAUAUUUGGGAAAACAAUCCAUCAAAAAAAGCCUAUGUUACAUUAACUCGAUGGCCAGAGAAGAUUUCUGAUGAUGAUGUAAAAUCACAUUCUAUUGAUGACGAUACAGUGGGACAGAAAUACAAAGAAGCUGUUACAGAAUUAUUAAACAAUGGCGAAGAUACAUACACUUUGAAUAAAUACAAAGAGGCUGUGCUUUCGGUGUUAUUACCUCAAAAUAUACAGUCUUAGAAAAUUUGAAAUUAGAUAUUUGUUAUUUUGUACAAUAAAAUUAAUUUUGUUCAGACUUGA